UGGCCCGAUAUGAGCGAGUUCGACGCAGUAAAACUAUUUGGAGUUCAGGGAAAGGUCGCUCUAGUGACCGGUGGGAGCAGGGGCAUUGGCAAGAUGAUCGCUACUGGGUUUGUUAAGAACGGUGUCAAAGUGUACAUCAGCUCUCGCUCCGUCAAAGACUGCAAUGGCACGGCAGACGAGCUGAACGCCCUCGGCCCAGGGCAGUGCAUUCCCAUUCCGGCGGAUAUGCAGAAGCUCUCCGAGGUCGAGCGUCUUGUGAGCGAAAUCUCAAAGCGGGAGAAGGCGCUUCACAUCCUCGUCAACAAUGCAGGAGCCGUGUGGGGUGCGGGCAUCGACGAGUACCCGGAUGACAGCUUUACCAAGGUCAUGACGCUCAAUCUGCAGCGUGUAUUCACGCUCACGCAGAAGUGCUUACCGCUCCUCCGGGCUGCCGCCCAGCAAGGUGGAAAGGUAGAUGGCUCAUACAAGGAUCCCGCGCGUAUAAUCAAUAUCGGCUCUGUAGAAGGACUUGGGGUUCCAAACCACGAGACCUACGCGUACUCCUCUUCGAAAGCAGCUCUGCACCAUCUUAGCCGUCAUUUUGCUGGCCGACUGGGCGUUGAGGGCAUCACCAGCAAUACGAUCGCAUGCGGUCCAUUUGAGACGAAGAUGAUGGCCCAUACUCUCGCUACUUUGAAAGACAUCAUCUUAGACUCGGUCCCGCUCUAUCGAAUUGGAACACCAGAAGACAUAGCAGGGACGACCCUGUUCCUCUCCAGUCGCGCAGGCGCUUUCGUGAAUGGCGCCACCAUCACACUUGAUGGGGGUUCGGAGGUGAAGAUGCCCUCCAUCUCCAGACUCUGAUAUCGUGCUUUUAUCCGGAUGAUUUGCUAGUGUCGAUGGUUAGAGUAUCUAUACAACCACAUAUAUAUAUAUAUACAUCCG